AGUGUGGUCACAGCUCCACAAACACGUGACUGCAGUAAACAUGUGUCCACAGGGAUUCUGUGCUGUUGUUGAGAGAAAACCAGACACGGCUGGACAAAAGCAGGAGGUGUGUUUGCAGAAAUGCAGCGGACACAGGUGAGGACAGAGGGAGGAGAUGGAAAGAAGGAGAAGGAGGAAGAGAAGGAGGAGGACCCGGUGCAGCUGCGGAGGAAGAUCGGCCUGCUGCCGGCCAUCUCCUUCAUCAUUGGCACCGUGGUGGGCAGUGGCAUCUUCAUCGCGCCCAAGGGAGUCCUGAUGAACAGUGGGAGUGUGGGUCUGUCUCUGCUGGUGUGGACGCUCAGCGGAAUCCUCUCCUUGUUUGGAGCUUUGUGUUACGCUGAACUGGGAACCACCUUUACAAAGUCAGGAGGCCAGUACACGUACCUACUGGAGACGCUGGGGCCGAUGCCUGGCUUCCUACGACUCUGGGCAGACUUUGUAUUCAUCAGACCUGCUGUGAUCGCCUACGUGUCCCUGGCGUUUGGCGGCUACAUCGUGGAGCCGUUCUUUGCGCCGUGUGCUGCUCCUGUCGCGCUGAUCAAACUGGUCAGCGUCCUCGGAGUGACAUUCGUCGUCGCAGUGAACUGCUGGAGCGUGUCCAUGACCUCCCGUGUCCAGGUGGUCUUGACCUUUGUUAAAUUGUUUGCGCUGGUCCUCAUCAUCGUCCCCGGCUUGACUGCCUUGGGGAAAGGAAAGACGGAGAACUUCCAGAACGGCUUCGAGGUCGAGUUGUUAACGCUGGAUAAGUUGCCACUCGCGUUCUAUAAUGGUCUCUACGCCUAUGGUGGAUGGUUUUAUCUGAACUGUGUCACAGAAGAGGUCAUUAACCCAAACCGAAACAUCCCUCUGGCUAUAAUCCUCUCCAUGGUGACAGUGACGGUUCUUUUCGUCCUUACUAACGUGGCCUACUACACCGUGAUGACGCCGGCUCAGCUGCUGAUGUCUGACGCUGUGGCCGUGACGUUUGCUAACAAAGCCAUCCAGGCGAUCGCACCUCUGAUUCCGGUUCUUGUGGGCCUGUCGUGCCUCGGAGCGCUCAACGGUGGAAUCUUCGCCUCACCCAGGAUGCUGUUCGUGGGAGGCAGGGAAGGCCACUGGCCGCAGAUCUUUUCCAUGAUCCACAUCCGCAGACGCACGCCUUUGCCCGCUGUGCUGCUGCAGUUCCCCUUGGCAGUGUUGAUGAUCUCCAGCGGUGAAAUCUACCAGCUUGUAAACUUUGCCUCCUUCUCUCGCUGGUUCUUCAUCGCCUUGUCGACGUUGGGGAUGCUCAUCCAUCGCUACCGCUUCCCUCACCUCCUCAGACCAUUCAAGGUUCCCCUGGUCAUCGCAGUCACCUUCACAGUGGUUUGUUUCUUCAUCGUGGGCCUGUCUCUGUACUCCGACCCCUUUAACACAGGCUGCAGCUGCGCUCUCACACUCUCCGGACUCCCGGUUUACUACGUGACCAUCCACCGCCCCUGCGUGCCCCAAAAAUUUAAACGCAUCUUCAAUAACUUUAACAGGAAGCUCCAGAUCCUUUUCGAAGUGGCUCAGCAGGAAGUCCAGACGUACUGAAGACGCCAAAGACACUCGUCAAUGACUCGACGCCGUGACUCAAGUAAAAUGUGUCAGAACCAGGACCAAGUGUUUCUAACGGUGGCAGAACUGGAGUGUUCCGACAGAUUAUGUAGAACUCCGGGCCGCUCUCGCCUCUCCACUGAAUAUCCAAACGUCUCUAUUGAAAACAUUAUUUAAAGCGUAUUGUCUUUAUUUUUUGUGAAUUUGUUGACAGUAUUUUAGUAACUUGUUCCACGUGGAUUUGAGUUCAGCUAUUUUGUGUGAAUUAACGAUUUAUAUUGCACUAAAAUGUGAAUUUAGCAUAACUAGCACAAAGGCAUUGUGCUUCGAACUGCACUAGUGUAAGGUUAUAAUAGUUUUUCUAUUAUAUAAAUGCUUAGUUUUAGUUUUUAUUAUUUUUAGUUUUUUGUUGUAUUUGUCAGGUGAUAAUAAGUCUUGUGUCUCUAAUAAAACCUUUCAAAAUUGCCGACAC